AUGGACGUGAAUCACGCCACGGCCAACACAAAACGUGAUCACGCCGAUGUCACGAUUCACCCCUGUGAGGUCAAGGCCGACUGUCACGCUGUCUGCCCGGACCAGGAUCACGCCGUCUGCGACGUGACAUCAGAGAUGUGUCACUGUCACGGUCACGGUGAGGUCAGAUGUGUGGAUGAUGACGUGUGUGUGUCACACUGUGGCAGACGUGACGCCUACUGUCACAACCGUCACCACUGUCACUGUGGUCGGUGUGAGGGGAGCGGCUGUCAGGCUGGCCCCAGGCUGGCGUACGUCAGAGAGAGCAAGCUGGGUCAGGGGCGGCUGGGCGUGGAUGGGCGUGGUCAUCAUGGGCGGGGUCGAGAUCAAGAUGGGCGUGGCCAAAAUGGGCGUGGUCAAGAUCAAGAUAGGCGUGGCCAAAAUGGGCGUGCUCAAGAUGGGCGUCACAAGGAUGGGCGUGUUCAAGGUGGGCGUGGUCAAGAUCAGAAAGUUCAAGACGACUCGUUUGUUCGAGGUGGGCGUGGUCAAAAUAGGCGUGGCCAAGGUAGGCGUGGUCAAGACGACUCGUAUGUUCACGGUCACGAUGACCAGGAUGGGAACAGUAGAGGUCAAGAUGACACGGAUGCAUCUCCUCAAGGUCGAAGUGACCAGGGUGGACAUGGAGGGGGUCAAGGUCACCAUCAGGACGAUGACCACAGCUGUCACCCCAGCACCGCGUGCUUGUCCGACAUGGACUGUCUGUCAUCCUGUCUCCGUCCAGCACACGCUGUCUGUGACGUCAGGUCCGGCAAAUGUCACUGUCAUGAGUACGGCGACGUCCCCUGCAUCAGCGAUGACGUCUGCGAGACGUUCUGCGACAGUCCCGACGCCUUCUGCCACAACGGCCACCACUGCCACUGUCGAAGGUGCGGGUUCGAAACACGUCCAGAACCUCCCCACCCCUACACCUUCUGCGCCACCAAUCACGACUGCUAUCCAGGCGCAUGCGCAGAGAAGGACCACGCCACGUGCAACACAGCCACCAAUGAAUGUCAUUGUCAUGAUUACGGCCACAUCUCGUGUGUAUUCGAUACCGAUUGCCACGGCCCGUGUAAGAACAGUUCUGCCAUAUGCUAUCAAGACAAUCACUGCCACUGUAAGGGCGGGAUCGAGUACUAGCAAGAAAGAUAAGAUCGAUACAUUAAAGUAUAGGUCGCGAUACCAGUUUUUUGAUCAGUUGUAGGCCCUAUAUAUCAGUAUCGUGUAAAGAAAAACUGAUCUACAAUUCUCAGGAUUUUUAUUUUUAAUAUAUAUUUCUUUUACAUAUUUUAUAUUCAAAUUGUGAUAUUGUACUUUGUAUUUCUGCAUUUAGCCCUUGUGGGGCCUACUAUAGUUGUUAGAAUAUUACGCUUUAUUUAUCGUAGCAUUUCCAUAUUGUGUUACG